AUGUUAGGUAGUGGCCAAUCAGAAAAGAAAGAUCAUUUAAUAGGACAAUGUCCAGUUGUGGAUGUAGAGAUACAUGGGGUCAAAACAUCUUGUUUGAUUGAUACAGGCUCACAGGUAACGACACUGACAGAAAGUUAUUUUAAGAAACAUUUUGAGACUGGGGGGCCAACAAUGUAUCCACCUAUUCAAAGGUUUAAUUUGGUAGCUGCGAAUGGGUUAGUGAUUCCCUAUAUUGGGUAUAUUGAGGUGGAUUUAAUUAUAUGUGGCAAAGUAAUACCAAAAAGGGGAGUGCUUAUUGUCAAAGACUCAAAUGGGUCAUCAUAUCCAGGAUUGAUUGGAAUGAAUGUAAUUAAAGAGUGUCGGAAAUUUUUGAUGACACAGUCUGGAGAUGGUUGUUUAGGGGUAGAAAGUGACGUACAAGUGAAGGUGUGGAAUCAAAUGUUUUCUGUGUGUGAGGACUUGUUAAACUUUGUUGAUGAGUCAGGACAGAUAAGCGCUAUUUAUUGGCCGCAGGGAAAACGAAAAAUAAUACCAGCACAGUCAGAGGUGGUGAUUGAGGCAUGUGCACGUAUUCGGCCUGAUAGAAAGGAUUAUGUGGGCUUGGUAGAACCAUGUCAAGAUGAGGUAUUGCCAGGACAGUUAUUGGUAGCUCGGUCGUUGAGCACAGUUUCAAAUGGUAGAGUUAUGGUUAGAAUUUUAAACCUCUCCCCAGUUCCGGUGACACUUUUUCAGCGUUGUCGUUUAGGCCAGAUUUCUGAUGUUGAGUUGUGUCCAUCAACAUUGCAAGGAAAUGUAGAAUUAAGACCACUGGAUAAUGAGACUGUGGAGGUGGGGGUGAGGCAAAAUAGAGUGCAGGAUGUAAGACAAGAACAGAUGCCCUGGCCUGUGGCUGUUUCUUUAGAUCCGCUGCAAUUUAGUACUAAACAACAAGAAAUGAUUUCUGAUUUGUUAUCUAAACAUCAGAAGGUUUUCUCAAAACAUGAUGAGGAUUAUGGGCAUACGGAUAGGGUUUUACAUGUAAUACCAACAGGUGAUGCAGCCCCAAUUAGAGAUCGUUAUAAUAGGAUUCCACCAAAAUUAUAUCAAGAAGUAAGGGGACUCUUAAAUAACAUGCUUGACAAUGGUAUUAUUCAGGAGAGUUAUAGUCCUUGGGCAGCACCUGUAGUGCUUGUCAGAAAGAAGGACGGCACCCUUCGUUUCUGUGUAGACUACAGGCGGCUGAAUAGUGUUACUCAUAAAGAUUCAUAUCCUUUGCCUAGAAUCGAGGAGUCAUUGGCUUCAUUGAAAAAAUCUAGAGUGUUUUCAACAUUAGAUCUAGCACAUGGGUAUUGGCAGGUGGGGGUGCACCCAGCUGAUAAAGAGAAGACCGCCUUUGUGACACCAAUGGGGCUAUAUGAAUUUAAUCGGAUGCCGAUGGGGUUAUGCAAUGCCCCAGGAACUUUUCAAAGACUGGUCGAAAGCUGCCUGGGGGACCAAAAUUUUGAAACUCUGUUGCUUUAUCUGGAUGAUAUAAUUGUUUUUUCCCCUUCCUUUGAGGCCCAUAUUGCCCAUUUAGAUCUAGUCUUCAGCCGUCUGGGAGACUUCGGCCUAAAGGUCAAACUCAGUAAGUGUUCCCUUUUUCAGAGCCAAGUUCAUUAUUUAGGCCAUGUGAUUGCCGAAGGAGGGGUGUCACCAGAUCCAGAGAAGUUGCGGGCAGUGGAGGCAUGGGUAACCCCUCAAAAUAUUACUCAGUUGCGGGCUUUUCUAGGCCUAGCUGGAUACUAUCGACGUUUUAUAAAAGACUUUGCCCGGAUUGCAGCACCACUGAAUUCAAUGUUGUGGGGGACAUCAAAGCGGCGUAAUCGACUGGCUAGAGGAAAAACAGACUGUUGGGCAUGGGGAGAGUUACAGGACAUUGCAUUUAAGAAAUUGAAGGAGAGUCUUCUAGAAGCACCCAUAUUGGCAUAUGCUGAUUUUGAGUUGCCAUUUUUGUUGUAUACUGAUGCCAGCCAGACAGGCUUGGGAGCAGUAUUGGCACAGGUUCAAGAGGGGAAGGAGAGAGUAAUUUCUUAUGCAAGUAGAAGUCUCCGACCGACGGAAAGGAAUGAUAAAAAUUACAGCUCAUUCAAACUGGAACUUUUGGCUUUAAAAUGGGCUAUAGUGGAAAAGUUUAGGGAAUACCUUGCCGUGUCUCCCUUUACUGUUUUCACAGAUAACAACCCUCUGGCUCAUUUGAAUACAGCAAAUCUGGGCGCAGUGGAGCAACGAUGGGCGGCCCAGCUCGCAGGAUUCCAGUUUGAGGUGCGUUAUAGACCAGGGCGGACAAAUGGAAAUGCCGAUGCCCUCUCCAGGUGGCCUGUGAGUGAGAGUUCUGCUGGGCCCACAGAGGAUGGGGCAGUCCCAUGUGGUGGGGUCGGAUAUGUUGCAUCUGAAGUUGUCCGUGCCUGUGUCCAUGCCUUUGUCCCAGUUACUGAGAAUGUGGAGGAGGGUCACAAGUUCGAGACAGUGGUACAUACAAAUCAAGGAGAUCAGGUUGGCCCCAGUUUGUUGGUUGAGUGGAAGAGAGCACAGCGGACUGAUCCAGCGGUAUCACGACUGUGGGUCUAUAUGGACCGAGGGAGAGGGCCCACUCCAAGGGAGCGAGCAGCGGAAGAUCGAUCUACUCAAGUGUUGCUGCGACAGUGGGCCCGUCUCUGUGUUGAUCAGGGACUGCUGUGCCGGGAGGUAUGUGAUUCAAAGACAUUUGACAAAUUGAAACAAAUAGUGGUGCCUCAGUGUCUGCAGAUGCAAGUUCUGGAAUGGGUGCAUGAUCAUGCAGGACAUCUGGGGGCGGAAAAGACUUUGAGUUUGGCCCGUCGCCGAUUCUUUUGGCCAAGGUUGGCACAAGGAGUGGAGAAGUGGUGCCUGCAAUGUGUUCGAUGCAACUUGCACAAGACUCCUGCAAAUAAAGUGAGUGCCCCUCUUGUAUCUAUACAAUCAGAGUAUCCUCUUCAGAUUGUUUCUGUGGAUUUUUUGUCACUGGAGGCUGCACGCAGUGGGAUGUGUAGCAUCUUAGUUAUGGUGGACCACUUCACUCGUUAUGCAGUUGCAGUGCCUACUGCGGACCAGACUGCUGUGACUACUGCAAGGGUGUUGUGGAAACAUUUUAUACAGCCAUUUGGAGGGUUUGAUCAGCUGCACUCUGACCAGGGUCCAAAUUUUGAAUCAAGGGUCAUCAAAGAGCUAUGCUCAUUGUAUAACAUCAAUAAGUCUCAUACAACUCCCUAUCACCCAGCAGGAAAUGGACAAUGUGAACGUUUUAAUCGGACACUGUUAAGUAUGUUGGGCACUUUAAAGGAUGAUCAAAAGGAAGAUUGGGAUCAGUACGUGGCAGAAUUGGUGCAGGCCUACAAUAACACAUCCCACCCUUCUACAGGCUAUGCCCCGUAUUUUUUAAUGUUUGGCCGUCAUGCAAAAUUGCCCCUGGAUGUCAUGCUGGGCCGGGGAGAUGGAUUUUUGGGGACAGUUGACAGCUGGGUGCAUUACCAUCAUAAAAGAUUAGUGACUGCCUAUGAUCGAGCCCGAAAACAAAUUCAGAAGGCUCAAUUUAAUCAAAAGAAGGGGUUCGAUCGUAAGGUUAAGGGGGAACCUUUGUUGACGGGGCAGAGAGUCAUGGUCCUUAAUAGGAGGGCCAGGGGACAGGGCAAAUUGGACGAUAAAUGGGAACGGAGUGUGUAUGUUGUCAUUGCACAACCUAAUCUUGAUAUACCCGUUUAUGUUGUUAAAAAGGAAGGGGUUGAUGGUGAGGAGAGGGUGUUGCAUCGCAAUAUGUUAAGCCCAUGUAAAUUUGAUAUAGCCUUGCCUUUGGAGGGAAAAAGUGUUGAGGUUUUACCUUCUGAUUCUGAUGUCAAUCCUGUGAACAGUAAUUGCUGUAUGUAUCCUCUGGUGGGGGGCUGUUUUACAGGGCCACCAGCGUCCACACAGAGGGAUGGAGGAGUGACCUCUAAUAUGGACAUUGCUGAAGAGACAUUACAGACUGCAUCGAGGGAAUGUCCCUCUAGCUUACUUGCUCCACAGACUGAGUAUUUGAGGCGGUCCACACGGGCCACAAAGGGCCUGUUGCCUCUACGUUACAGAAUGUGAGGUAUUUGGGAAUGUGUGGACACAUUUUGAGUAGGGGGGGUGGAUGUAAGCCCUUUGGGUUAGGUGAGGGGAGGGGCAAUAAUGGUAGUGCCCGUAGUAGCUUCCCCACGUCUCAUUAAGGGGAAAAAGACAAACACCUGUGCCCUAUUUCUAAUGGAGGUGAUAAAGGUAUGAGGCUUGUUGUUGUUCGGGAGGGGGUUGUAUGUGCGGGCUGCUGAGCUUCUUACCGAGGCUACCGUGCCGGGACGUGGGCUGGAUGUUUUCUCCGCGACGUGUGUGAAGCGAUUGGGAGGGAUAGUUGGUAGUUUGGAGUUUCUCAAACUAAAGUUCGGCGGCCGCCGGUUGUUUUCCCGAACGCUGUACCCCACGUCCGGUAGCGGGUAAGAGGGCCAGCAGUCCAUUAUCUGUUUUUAUGAUUAUUAGCGUUUGUAUUUAGUAAGUGUUUUCUUUGCCGGGGAAUCCUGGUUUAGUGUGAAUGAUUAAUCAUUACCGGUUCCCCGGCGCUUGUAUUUGUGUUUGUAUUUGUGAGUGUGUGUGUCCAGGGGGUGUUAGAGCAGGUUAUAAUUAUUCAUGUGUUAAUUUUCAUACAGUUUUAUAUUGACGACGGCUAAGUAGUUAGCCAGAGUGGUUUUGGCAUACAUUGAGUGAUUUCUUUGGUGUGUAUAGAUGUGUAUAAUAUAACUGAUGCACUGAUAGAUUUUUGUACCUCUGGUGUUUGCUGUGUAAUGAAAUUGUGUAUAAUUGGUGGGCACAUGAACUAAUUUUAAGAUGUUGAAGCCCUCUGCUAAAUGCCUCCCUGUUCGUUGCCUGCAUACUGUCUUGGGAAAUUUGUGAUUUGUCAAAUACAUUAGUAAGUGAAGUAUUCUGGUGACCGCCACCUUUACCUGUUGCUUUACCCUCUUGGGGUUUUAAUGUCUGUAUUAUUGUACAUGAAUAAAAUUGUCAUAUUUGUAUUUAUUCAGAUUGUGUGCUUGAGUCUCCUCAACUAAUGCCCAAAUAAAUUUAUCUUGUCCAGUUAAGAACCUUUUGGUUUCUUUAUUCUCUG